AACGGAGGCAGAGACAGAGGUCAAAAGUGCACGUUGGCCAAACAAAAAGCUCCUUGUCCCAAAAAAAAACAACGCAGUGCACCAUUUGUGGGGCAAGGUCAUAUCGAUGGAUCAAAUCGAUCUGAAAAUUAAAGCCCGUCAAUCGAUUUGUUGCAUAGAGGAGGAGGAAAGGGAAAACAUUUCUGUUAAGGCAUUUGUAUUGGUGCUGUCCGCUGCCGACGCUGGCGCCCGCAAAUAUGCUGCCUGCCUGCUCUGUCUCUCACUCGCUCUCUCUGGCAGCACAUUCCUAUGCUGAUAAGACGCGCGCGUGGGAACGAGAGGGAAGUGCGUCAGCUGUUCAAUGUUUUGAUUGUGUGCAAUCGCACAGGUUUGGUUUCCAGAGGCAGCUUCAAACGGUUCUUUCGGGCUGCUCUGCCGCUGCCGUGAUCAGUUCUGUUCGUUGUUCGUGAAAUGGAAAAGCCCCCAUUGCUCCAGCAAGAGCUUCAUACUCGAUUCAUUUGUUAAAAUUCGUUGGGCGCGUGCUGACGGGAGCGUUAUUCCGCGGAGAACCACAAGCAGUAGCGGAGGUAGAGAAAGAAGCAGAAGCAAUUGAAAAUUUUCAUUAUCGGCAAUUGCUGCGCGUUGGCGCUACUGACGUUCGUGCUAUCCCCUCCACCUCGACUGGUUUAUAAGCUAUGGAAAAUCCCCAAAACUACGAGCGAGAACCGUUAAUUGCUAUGAGAAACAUUAAAAAACGAUUAAGUGUGCCCAAACACAAGCAGUAGAGUCCCAGACAGACACGUUCCACACUAGCCAAAAGAGUGACCAGGACACAGGUUCCACAGCAGCGAAAAGUGUACCCAGGUCACAGGCUCCACAGCUAAAAGUCAACCGUGUACCCCCGUUCAACAGCAUCCACAAACUAUAAAAACAGUAAAAGAGAAAGGCUAUACCAUACCCUCCUCCUGCACUUUUUGCUGAAGAUGAUGCUGAAUAAAUACGAGAGCUAUCAACGCACAAACCAAAUGUUUCCGCAUCAGCAGCAGCAGCAUCAGCUGCAACAACAGAUGCAACAACAGCUGCAGCAGCAGCAACAGUUGCAGAUGCAACAGCAACAGUCGCUGUUUCCACACCUUCAAUAUGGACCAGGACCCACAGGAUGCUCCCCAACCUCAGCGGAUCUCACGGCGGCCGCCAUACUGAAAGCCGAACGGGAAUCGAUCCACUCGGGCCAGUUUAUGGUCUCACACUUCGAGGCCGAGGAGGCGCAAGAUGAUCUCGAAGACGACGGCGAGGUGAAGAUGCUGGAUCCAGAAGAUCCCAGCUUGGACAAGCCCGGCUCCCCGGCCAACACCUGUCGCGACGUGCAGCUCUACGUGCCCCAGACAGUGGGCCACCAUUUCAAUAGCAUGGACCAGGAGUGCGAUGAGAACAGCAUGAGCAUGAUCACCUCACAUCUGGAGAUCGAAACUUCACUCACCAAGCUCUUCAAGUGCAUGAAUCUGGCCUACAGUCAAAAACUCACUUCUCCCAAAUGGAAUCACUUCAAGGGUGUGCGACUCCGUUGGAAGGACAAAAUUCGGCUAAACAACGUCAUCUGGCGCUGCUGGCAUAUGCAAUUCAUACAAAAGCGCAGAACACCGGUGUGUCAAUUCGCAUCGCCGCUGGACGUUGACAUACAUAGUAAUCCUCAAACCGUUGUGCUUGAAGGCAAAUACUGGAAACGUCAUUCGGCCGUAAUCAAAGCUGAAUACAGAAAAUGGCGCAAGAACUAUAGAUCGAAGGCAACGGGAUGCUUAACCUAUGAUUCGAAGAGCGAAUUGGACUUUCUGGAAUGGUCACCGCUGAACGAUAGGAACUUGAUGCCCGACGACUGGACUACGGAUACAUUGUUCUCGGCCAUAAAUGUACCAUUUCCCUUUCCGGACUCAAGAGAAAUUGCACGUGGAGCAGGCAUUGCGGACUUUAUUCAACCCAGUUUGGGGCCAUUGCAACCGAAUUUAGAUGACAUCGACAUUACCUUCUCAGAUCUGCUACCCACCACACGCUUGCCACCCGUUCCGGAGGAGGGAACCGAUGCGGAGAUGCUCAAGAACGAUGACUACUGCCUGCCAGCGAUUGUGGGUGCACCGCACACCCUCUACUCCCACGUCAGCCUGAUGGAUGGCGGUGGUGGGGGCGGCGGCGGAGGCGGCGGCAAUGUGGAUGCCAAUAUGCUGGAGCUGAACACCCCCAUCAAUACGAUGUCCUACAAUGAGUUGGAGCACCGUUUCACGGCUUCACGACAGGCGCAACAACAGUCGGCCAACGACUCUCAGUUGAUGGGAGACACUUCUGGCUCCGUGUCGGGUCGUAUGGUGCAUGGUGGCAAGCACUUUGGAGUCCUCAACAGCAACAACGAUGGCAGCAAUCGGUGCGUGAUCAAUGGACGCGUGGCCAAAAGCACACAGCGUCCGUUCCGCAGAGAGCCGCACAACUAUGACAAGGCUCAGCCGACGCUUCAUCAGACUACAAUCUAUCAGCAGAUGCUGGCCGAGCAGCAGAAGAACCAGCAGCAUCUUGGUGCAGGCGUUGUGUUGCAGGCGGCCACAUAUCAGGCAGGGCAACAACAGCAGCAGCAACAACAACAGCAACAGCAGCAGCAACAACAUUUUCCCACGCAACAGCCAAACGCUUUCAACAAUCAGAGUUUCCUGAGCAGCUACACGGACAACUACCAACAGCAGCCGCAUCAGCAGCAGCUCAGCGUGAAGGCGGAACCUUUGCAGACGGAUGUGAUGUCAUUGCUGAACGAUGGAGGCGGCGGCGGCUACAACUCCAUCGGCUACAAGCCCUAUCCGCAGUUCAAGAAGUCCGCCUCAGCAGGGUCAUUUCUCAAUGUACCGCGACUGCCACAACAACAGCAGCAGCAGCAACAGGGAUAUCUGCAACAGGACCAGCAGCAGCAAAUGCAUCAGCAGCAGUCGCUUCCUUUGGGUCUGCAGCUUCUGCAGUUGACUCGCCAACAGCAAGUGAACAACAACCAACAGCAGCAGCAGCAGCAAUCCACUGUGGCAAGUUUGUUGCAACAACAGCACCAACAGCAGCAGCAGCAACAACAACAACAGCAACAGCAACAACAACAGCAGCAACCUCCUGCUGUCAGCACCGCCACAUGGGUGACUCCGAACACCGUCUUGCCCAAGGAGAUCCAUCGCUCCAAUAGCCUGCCAUUGAAUGUGUCGCUAAACAAGCUACACGAUGCCCGCAUCCAGCAGCUCACAGUCCACGAACAGCCUUUUGCCGUGCCCAAAUAUCAUGCUAAGGGAAAGUCCCGUGUGCGCAGCAAUUCGAUGCACCAGCAGUCGGUGGUGGCUGCUGCCGGAGCAGGUAGCUCGCCUGCCAGCGCCCACAGUUGCAGCAAUCUGCUCGUUACACAGCAAAUGCAACAAGCCACCAGCGAUCCCAUGCUCAACAGCACUCUGGCACAGCUCCUGACAUCGAAUACACGCCUGCAGUCAGCGGUGGCAAACAGCUCGCAACAGUCAAGUGCUUCUUCCGGCAGUGCCAUAGCCACGACCAGCAACAACAGCUGCACCAACGUGUCGCCGGCUCAUUAUGCUGCCGCCUCGACGCCAUUGUCAGUGCCCGUGCCCGUGCCAGCGCAGCAACACUCACCAAAGAAGUCCGCCUCAUUGCCCAUGGUGAUAGCAGCGCAUCCUGCCCAGCACAGUCCUCCGGGUGGCCUCGGUAAAAUGCACAGUUUUGGCGGAUCCAGCAACCUGAGUCUAUCGCCAGACUCGCCGUUUCACGAGUCGCAGGGCUCCCCGCUCUCGCCAUCGGCAAAGUAUCAGCCAAGGGACACACAGCGCCGUGCCGGCCACAUACAUGCAGAGCAGAAGCGACGCUAUAACAUCAAGAAUGGCUUCGACACGCUGCAUGCGCUCAUACCACAGCUGCAGCAGAACCCCAAUGCCAAGCUGAGUAAAGCGGCCAUGCUGCAGAAGGGAGCGGACCACAUAAAGCAGCUGCGACAGGAGCGCAAUGUCCUCAAGGACAAGAUCGAGGCGCUGCGAAUGGAGAGAGAUGAGCUGAACAACUCCCUAACGCAUCUCCACUCGAUUCUUCCUGCAAAUGGAGCGCCUGUGACCCGGCAGGGCACAGAGCACGUUCGCCAACUCUAUGAGAUCUAUGUGCGAUACAAUACGAUGAACGAUUGGAAGUUCUGGAUCUUGGGUCUCAUUUUGGAGCCGCUGCUUGCCUCAUACACCUCAACCGUCUCGAGUGCCAGUCUCGAUGAGCUGCGUCGCACCGCCUUCCUCUGGGUGGAUCAGCACUGCUCACUUAUUGAUCUGCGACCCGCUGUUACGAACAAAUUGAAGUACCUAUCCAUGCACACGGACAUUGUGUCGGAGCCGCCCAGCACGUUGCAGGAGGAGGUGGCAAAAGCCCUACAGAACUCAAGUGGCCAGCAUCCCAAUCUGCAUGGCUCCUAACCGUUCCUGCUGCUGCCCGUGAUAUGAAUUUAUUUAAUUCGGUCUUUUAUUUUAAACAAAGAACUUUAACAAAUUGUUCGGCUUAUUUGCUAGCCAAAGUGCAGCAUGCAUGAAUUGUACAAAAUGCGAAUUAGGCAGAUUUUUAUACGAGAGUUUCGGCAGCCAGCGGCAGUUGACGCAGUGCAGCAAAUAGUGCCUACAAUUUAUGACUUAAGAGUAAAAUAAACAAACGAUUUUACAAGUUUUUGA